AUGUCCCAGGUGGUUACGUUAGUUCUAGCAGCCACUGGUAUUGUGAGAUGUGAGGAUAAGAAAGGAAAGAAAAGUGAAAAACGAGGUAUUUUUUCGAGUGAUUUCGGAAGUGGAUUUGGAGGUGGCCAUAGUGGAGGCUCUAAUCUAGACAUUGGCGGUGGAGGCUUCGGAGGUCACGGAGGUAGUUUUGGUGGAUACCAAGGAGGUAGCCUAGGAAGUGGAUUAGGAGGUGGACUAGGCGGUGGACUAGGUAGUGGAUUAGGUGUUGGACAAGGUGGUGGAUUUGGUGGUGGAAAUGGUGGAGCUACUGUUACCACGGUUAGCCGUACCGUCCCAGUGCCUGUCCCCCAGCCUUAUCCAGUUACAGUUAAUAGACCAGUUCCUGUACCAGUACCUCAGCGAGUAGAGGUUCCCGUUCCUAGACCAAUUCAAGUUUCAGUACCAGUUGCUCAACCAGUAGAAGUACCGCGACCAUAUCCAGUCGUCGUUAGACGUCCAGUUCCAGUAGCAGUUCCCACUCCAGUACGUGUACCAGUUCCCCAACCAGUUGGUGUACCAGUACCUCAACCAUAUCCUGUCACCGUACCACAACCCGUCCCAGUGAGAGUACCACAAACCGUUGUAGUUCCAGUUGCUCAGCCUAUUGUUGUUGGAGGUGAUGGUGGAAACAGUGGUAGUCUUAGCGGAGGAUUCGGUGGAAGUUUUGGAGGUGGAUUCGGCGGUGGACUUAGUGGUAGCCUAGGAGGUGGAUACGGGGGUGGUUCUAUUGGAGGUGACCAGUCUCUUGGUGGAUAUGGUAGCAGUUUAUCAUUGGGAAAAAAUUAUGGAACAGGAUCAUCAACAUCAUUUGGAAAUUCACUAUCCGGUUCAAUCGGAGGUCAUGGAGGAGCCACCAGCUAUUCUACCUUUUCACAUGGACACUCCAAAUAUUGA